UUCUGUCAUGACGUCACGCACGACUCGCCUACUCAUGUCUGGCUGUGGAGCGCCGAUUUCACGAUCGAGACAGAAGAUUCUGGGCUAGAUCGACUCCGGACACUCAGCAGUCAUGUCAACUGCUAUGAAUUUUGGAAGUAAAAGUUUCACACCUCGAGCACCGGACAAAGGCGCAUUUCCUCUGGAUCAUUUCGGCGAGUGUAAAUCCUUCAAGGAGAAGUUCAUGACAUGUCUGAGAGAAAAUGCAUUCGACAACUCCAAGUGCAGACUGCAGUCCAGAGACUAUCUGGAAUGCCGGAUGGAGCAUCAGCUGAUGGCUAAGGAACCUUUGGAGAAACUGGGAUUCAAAGACCUGACAGAUUCCCCUCCCAGACAAGCUGACAAAGACCAGCACUGACCUCUUCUGCCUUGGUUCUCCUGGAUUUGCUUUGAACCCAUCAUGUAAAAUAAACAACCAGUAGACAAAAAAGCCAUUUAACA